CACUCCCUCCUUCCAGUGGGGAGGUAGGAAAGAGGAAGUGGCCCCUAUACAACUUUUUGCAUGGUUUGAGAACUAGUCAAGCAAACAUAACUAUAUUUGACAUGGGAGAGCAUGUCAUGCAGGAAAUUGUUACAUGAUCGUUUGAGACCCCUCCCUUCUUCCAUUAGGAAGAUAGGAAGGAAAAGGAGAGGCUCCCAUACAAUUUUUUGUCCAAUUUGAGUACUUAUAUAAGAAAUGUAACCAAAUUUCACAUGGAAAAGGAUUAGGACACGAUAAAUGGUUCUAUUAUAAUUUGAAACACUAUCCUUCUUACAGUGAGUACAUAGAAAGGGACCGUAGUAGAGUUUUGAUAGCAUAAAUGGAUGGAUGGAGGGAAGGAAGAGUUUCCAUAUAAUUUUGUUGUAUAUCUAAGAAACUUAUCAACCAAUAGAAUCACAUUUAAUAUGAAAGGGUUUUUCGGCACAAGAAACGGGUAUGAUUAUUAGAAACGCCUACCUCCUUCAAGUAGUGGGGAAUGAAAUGGGAAACUUUAUUUAUAUCAAACUGAUCUUUCAAGUUAAUGAAACAAUUGCUAAACUUUAACUUUCAAUCGUUCAGACCGACCAGGCAGCUUAAGUGCUAAUCAUUUAACCAGAAGCCAUGUGACAGUUUCGUCUACAUUAGAGUGAUGCCAAAAAUGACACAAUCCAUUCUUACAAAUAAAAAUGCUUUUUGAAGAACCACGCGUGCUUGAAAAGUACAUAUUAACAAUUCGACAUGUUUGUAAAUUUGUUCCCCAAACCUGGCUCAAUUCACCCAUGCUAAUUUAUUGACCCAAUAAAUGGAGCAAUUCGAAUCCGUCAAAAGUACUUGUCAGCUAUCUACGUGAGCAACAGACAAAACAGAGAGGAAAAAAUACAGUGAAUCGCUAUCUAUUGAUUUUACAGCUGCCACCCCCGCGUGCGGUCUGCUAAUCGGGACCCAGAAUCGAAAUUGUCAGCGAUACGCGGCUUAAGUGCUUCCAAAUCGAAUCUGUGUGUCAAACUUCUCCAGAGAUGGUAGUGUCCCGUGUCUCGGUGCUUGGCAAAGAGUGCUCGGCGCAUGGAAAGGUCACUCAUCAUUCGGGGUGAUCGAUUGCAGUGUUUUUUUUUAUUUUGUGGUUUGCUCUGACUUUAUUCGUGCAAAAUUUAACAGCUCCGAUUAGCACUAAAUAAUCUACUUAGGGGUGUCUCUAGGUACAGAGUGUGUGUGUAUCUCGAAAAGUGACCUAGCAGGCUCCAUACUAGGGUACAGUGUAGAGAAGUGAUCUAACCAAUAACAUCCGGAAGAGCUGAAAAACCUGCCCCAGUGAAAGAGAGAGAGGGAGAGGAGAUCAUGAGUGCAAGUGGGAGCUCCGGGGGGGCAUGUGGUGGAGGAAGCAGUAGCAACUACACCGGCAAGUGGCACAAGAAGAAUUCAGUAACCUUCAGUGAACAAGUGGACAUCGAUGACAACGGUAGUGCGAACCAUCGAGAAGCGCAGCCAUUUUUACCAAUUCCAAAGUCCACGGAUACGGAAACUGCUCCAGUGCUAACAAAAUCCAGCACAGUGACCGCAAUGCCGGUCAAAUACUCUCACCAUGGUUCGGCAACUAUUUUGGAUCAGAUCCCAGAACACGAACAACCGAGGAUGAAAUCCUCAACCGGUCACAGUAAUGGAUCAUCCCAUCAUCGCCGGCCGUCGGUAGUGAUGCAAGACAUCCUCUCAAAUCACAGGCCUUCGACGAUACUGUCAGCUUUGCGACGGGGUUCACUAGCCUGGCUUCCGGGGGGAAGACAGCGUAGUGGUGCCGCUCAAGGUCACGACAUGGAAUCAAACAUGGGCAGCAAAGCUUCGCUAAGUCAACUUCCCAAUGGAACCGGAGCACACUGUGAUCUGGCGCUCGAGUCACGCCGGAAGAAUCGACGUAUUGGAGACGAUGCACUUAGUACAGCCCUGUCAGCCCUCUACGCCAAGAUUAUCGUUAUCCUGGGGAUAGCGUUACCCGUGACGGAGAUUCUUUCCGCCCAGAUACCGGCCAACGUGUACCAAGGGUUCUAUCUGUAUCUGUACGUAGUCAGCAUAGCGUUCGUCGUGUUUGUCUACGCUUCGACAAUGCGUCGGCGAGCUGUUAUGACGCUGAUCAAAACUUAUCAUGAAAAAACCAGCAACACCCCGAUCAAAAAGCGGGUGCCACACUUCGGAAGCUUUUACCUACGAGUAGGAGCCAUUGCGUUCGGCAUUGGCUCGAUGGUUUAUUCGGGGCUCGAGUUCGGUCAAUACUUCGAGCUGAACGCAUCACCAGGAUGUUCGAGCAUUUUCGUUGCGCUGACUCCUGCCGCCAGGAUGAUCCUGUCAAUUGUUCAGAUGCAGUUUAUUUUCCUCAACACCUCCGAGUUGGACAUGGCCAGGCACAAGGUCUUCGCCCGGUUCGGUCUAAUGCAUAUGGUUGCAACGAACCUGUGCGAAUGGUUGUACGUCCUCGUGGAAGAAACGAAACACGAAAUACACCACCUGGCGCACUUGGCGGAUCAUUCAACAAUCGUUCACCAAAUCGUCAAUGUAACGACCACUACUCUAGCGACAUCAACAUUCACCACAGAAGCAGACUCCAGCGAGGAGGAUUCACUAUUCCUCUUAGAAGGAGCCAAUCAUAAUCGAAGCCUUUCAAAAAGGACAGUCGACGACGCAGCAGAAUACAUCGAAUGUCAGAGAACCAACAUCAUGGGAUCUCUGGUGCAGAAGGCCUCACCAUUCCUGUUCCCCUGCACUAUCGAAUACUCACUUAUCUGUGCCGUCAUUCUCUACGAGAUGUGGAAAAAGGUCAAAACGAUCGCUGAAAUCGAUCGAACGCGUCGAAACUCCCAGAAGAUGCAUCACUCGGUGCAUCAUACCAAAAGUGCCCAUCACUUCUCCGUGGAUUGCUCCCGAGCACAUCGAGGCAUGUUUGGAGGGAUCAUCAUAACCGUCCUAACGAUCAUCUGCCUAAUCAUGUAUUUCGUGCUGCACGAUGAACCGGGCUACGAAGUAUUUGCCCUUCAAGAAGUAACUAUUGCCGAAAUCCUCCUCUAUUGUAUCACGGCGGCAGCCGUUGUCCUAGCAAUGAUUAAAAUGCGUGAUCUCAAAUUCUGCAAGAAAGGCAACGAUCCUCAUGCCAGUUCGGUGAGCCUGGAUUGCACUCUGUUGGUGCUUGCUCAAACUGGUGUCUACGUCUACGGUAUGUUCAGUAUUAUUGGCAGCUACUUCUCGAUCAAGAAAAAUAAUUUCGGCGCCCAAGAAGGCCUCAUAGCGGAGAUAUUCAGUCUGGCACAAACCUCCAUGCAAACACUGUUCAUCUUGAACGCAGUUUGGCGAAAGUGUCGAGGAGCGCUUCAGAACCGCAACAAACCGGGAAGGGAAAUUGUCACCUUCCUACUGGUGGCCAACAUGGCCAUGUGGUUCAUCAAUACCCUGGUCAAGGGACGAGCCAGUUUUCGGCCGUCCCAUUUGGAGUUCUUCGGAACGUGGGCAUGGACGGUCAUUACGCACGUGUCCAUGCCACUGGCCAUCUUCUAUCGAUUCCACUCAACAAUCUGCCUCUUUGAGGUGUGGAAAUCCACAUACAAAGUCAAAGAUCACCACUAGGCCUCGCGCGAGGCUGUCUGUAGGUUAAGGACAGUUUUAGAUUAAGGUUGAAACCAGUGAUGCGUGUAUAUAAGAGAUUAUUGUAGAGAUUUCAAUCUUGCCGACAUAAAUAAUUUAUAUUUUA